AUGGCUUGUUCUCUAAGUACAAUAUCAACAAUCGAUGAUUUAUCACGAAUUCGAGCUGUUCUUCUACCUCAUCUACUUAAUACUAUAGGUGAUAAUGAUUAUCAGACAACGGAUACCGAUGCAACAGAGGAUGAUGAAAUACCAACUUCAGAAAGUGUUGCUCGAACAGCGGCAUUACUUUCUACACAAGGAAAGAAAAAGAAAAAACUAUCAGAUAAACGUCAUGAAUGGUUACGUGAAUGUCAUUUAGCAUUUUCACCAAUACUUAAUCUUCUUGUUGUUGCUUUUGAUCAACAAAUUGUUGUUUCAACAGCAAGAAAUAAAACUUCAAAUUAUGAACAAUCAAAUUUCAUAGCAGCGUUUGAUACAAGACUACAAGUUGAAUCAAAUGAAAGAAUCACUAGUGUACUUUGUUUACCAAUUGCAUCAAAUACUAAAAGAUCAUCACCAGAAUGGACAUGUAUUAUUGUUGGUUUUACUACUGGUUAUGUUCGAAUGUAUACCGAAGAUGGUACAUUAUUAUUUUCUCAAAUAUUUCAUGAUGAAUUAGUUGUUCAAUUAAAAUGUCAUACACAAUUUCCAUCCCACGUUCGAAGUUUAACAGAACAACCUGAUGAAUUAUAUAUACAAUAUCGUUCAUCGAUUCUUGUUGUUGUUGAUGGUUUAUCAUUAUAUCAAUUAUUAAAAGUUUGUCGAGAUCAUGCAUUAAAAUCAAGUAAUAUAAUAUCUUCAUCAUCACCACAAUUAUCAUUUAAAAAAUGGGGUUUUCAUGAUCAAAAUCAAGUUUUUGAUUUUGCACCUGCAGGAUUAAUAACAGAUAAUAAAUUCGAUCAAUUUUGUGUAGCUUCCAUGACAGGUGGAUAUCAAGCUCAAAUUCGUUCUGUACCACCUCUAUUUACUCGUUUAAUUACUAUUGGUGCUGAUCCAUAUUGUAAUUUUUAUUAUUGUGCUGAGGGUGCACAAAUGCCUCAUUUAACAGAAGUAGCUGCUGCACUUGCUGAUAAAGUUAAAACUUCAUUUAUAUCUGCAGUUAGUCGAUGGAUGCCAACGAAACAAGCAUCAGUCACUUCAGAUCCACGUAAACCAAAAAUUGAAUCAGAAACAAAACUUGAUAGUAGAUUUGGUAUUCGUGAUUUACGUCGACAUGGUGAAAAAAUAAUUGUUUCACCAGGUCUUCAUAUAGCUGCAGUUUGUGAUAGUUUUGGUCGAAUUAUUCUUUAUGAUAUUCAACGAGGAAUUGCUAUUCGAAUAUUUAAAGGUUAUCGUGAAGCUGAAAUUGGUUUUAUUCAAAUUGAAGAAUCAACAGCUCGUGAUGUAACAAUGAGUUUAUCAUCGAGAAAAUCUGCACUUUUUCUUGUUAUACAUGCACCAAAACGUCAAUUAGUUGAAAUAUGGGGUUGUCAACAAGGUGCACGUGUUGCUGCUUUCAAUGUAUCAAAAAAUAGUCGUUUAGUUUAUCUUGAACAUUAUACACUUGGUUGGUCAAGUAGUGGAUCAAAUUCAUCGAAACUAUCUCAAUAUAAACAAUGUAUAUUACUGGAAGAAAAUGGAGAAAUUAAAACAUUUCAAAUUCCAUUUCAUCUUAUAUUAAGUGAUCGAAAUAAUCAACGAGCACAUGAUAUUAUGAUUGUACGUCAAGUCCGUCGUCUUCUUAAAGAUGCUAAUGAAGAUCAUGAUUCAUUAAAAAAUGAUAUUCAUCAACAAAUCAAACGACUUAUUUCACUUGAGUCUCAAUCUGAAAUUCUUGAUCUUUUAUUUCAUACAAAUUAUCUUGAUUUAUCUACAAUACGAAUGUUUCUUGAUGAAAUUCUAAUUGAAACUGAAAAAAAUUCUCAUCAUCAUAAUCCACAAGAAUGUACACAUUUACAAGAUUUUUGUAAUAAUGCUUUGAAUUUACUUAAUAUUUAUACAAUGAUUGAAAAAUAUCGUAAUGAUCAUGCAGAAUAUUUAUCUAAAAAUGAAAAAUUAUUUUCUAAAGAGGAAUUUCAAAAUGAACUUGAAUUAACAGAUGAUGAAACAAAUAUUUAUUAUCAAUUAUUUGAACGACAAUAUAAUCAACAAGUAAAUUCUACAAAGAAAAAAGUUCAUUUUAAUGAAAAUAAAAUUCAGAAAAAUUUUACUUUUGGACAAUUUCAAUCAAUGUUUAUAUCAUCACGUCAUAUACAUUCAAUAGAUGAUCCACUUGAAAUAAAAUUAACAAUUAAUUCCGAUGAUUUUUCUCAUCUUGGUUCAUAUUUAUUUUCUUCAUGGUUAUCUCAUAAUAAUAAUAUUGAAAAUUUUGAAGAAAACUUUCGUUCCUAUCUUCAAUCAAUUCAUUUAAAAAAUGAUGAUCUUGUUUUACUUUGUUUACAUUCAUUACUUUCAAUAUCAUUUCAUUUACCAAAAUCACUUCAUAUAUGGAAACAAAUCUUUUCAAUUCUUUAUUCAAUUAAUAAUAAUAAAAUUUUAUUAAAAACAACAAUGGAAAAAACAACAAAUGGUUUAACAGCACUUUUAUUAACAUUAAUAUUUCGUUUAUAUGAUAAGAAAAAUAAUUCAUCACUUUUAAUACGUCGUUUAUCCGCACUUGUUGCUAUACAAAAUUUAUAUUCAUCCAUUAAAAAUCAUGAUGAACAUGAUCAACCGGAUGAUAGUAUAUUAAAUCAAUUAACAAUUGAAACAAUUUUUAUUAAAAAUCGACAUGAUUAUUUACUUGAAAUUAUUACACGUCGAAUAGUUGAAGCAAAUAUUGAACCAAAUUGGUUAACAUUAACUUUCAAUGAUUCAACACAAAAUUUAUUUCAAAGUAAUCUUUCAAUUUGUCGACAAAUUCUUCCACAUAGUUUUGAGCCAACUGUAUUAUUAAUUUAUUCUUGUUGGAUAUCUAUGACGAUGUGGAAUAAACAAUUAAUAUCUGCAGCUAAUCCAACAUCUCUAUCAUUAAAUCGACAAGCUAAUGAUUUAUUUAAUUUAUCGAUUAAAUUUUAUAAUCAUAUUCAAAUUGGAAUAAUUCAACAAAAUUUAGGGACACUUUUAUGGCAUACAUAUUUACGUUCACGAAUAGUAACAUUAACACAGUUAAUUGAAAAAAUUGGUAAAAUUCCAAAAGAUCGUUUAUGUUAUAAAGAAUUGCGUUUGAAUGAAAAGGAUUUAAUUUAUUUUCUUGAACAAUUAUCAAAGAAUUUUUUUAAUACAUUUAUUGAAUCGAUUUAUAAUCAACUUAAUGAAAUACCAAUUUUUAAUGUUGAUGAUGUUUGGCAAACAAAUACUAUUGGCAUGCCAUCAGAUCAAUCAGGUAUCAUUUUUAGAAUUAUAGUUAUUUUAGUUCAAGCUCAAGCUUAA